UGGGUUUAUCGGACUUCACUUCCAUGGGGGAGGAUACAGAUAUGGUAGUGCAUUUUCUGAAGGCGGAUUUGCGCGAAUACCCAAAGGUCUCAUACACCGUCGAAUUUGCACUAGAGUCUUAUCUGUUCACUAUACGCUUGUCAACCAAAGUAUCUCAGCUUCUCCCAGCUCCUUCCCGUUGCAAUUGCUUGAAGGCCUUGCAGGCUACUAUCACCUUACUCGAACCCUUCACAUUCCUCCCAAACAUGUUCUCCUCAUAGGCGACUCGGCUGGGGCACAUCUCGUACUCGCACUCGCGCGAUAUAUACUAGAGAAUGAGAAUCUACAAACUGAGUCUGCGAUUGGACAAAAAUUGCUCGGGGGUGUAAUUUUGCUGAGUCCAUGGUGUGAUCUGACCGA